AUAGGCUAAAAUACCUCUAAAAAAAGAUAUUAUGCAAAUCCCAAGACGACCUACCUAGAAAACUUUCAAAAUUCCUGAGACUAUAGUAUACAUCUACGCAGUUUAAACUGCAAAUCUGGAUUUAAUUCCCACUUCAACUUUUGUGUGCAUAUCUAAACGCUGCUGAACCCACUAGCUCAGCAUCGAACUCACGCCCCUAACUCGAUACCGACCACCGGAGUGCUGCGCGAGCUCGCUGCCGACCACCGCCACCGCUUGGCACCCUGAACCAUGCCAUAGGAAGGACUCUAUGUCCUUCCUUCUUUGCAAGUUGCAACAAAGCUGUGACGACUUCCAAGAAAAAGAGAAGACAGCGAGCGGCUGAAGCAAGAUCAGCCAACGCGGAGCGAGCAUGGAGCUCGCCGUGGGCGCCUCCGAGAGCGCCAUGAGAUCACUUCUUGGCAAGCUCGGCAGCCUCCUCGCCCAGGAGUACACGCUCAUCAGCGGCGUCCGCGGCGAGAUCCAGUACAUGAACAACGAGCUCUCCAGCAUGUACGCCUUCCUCCGCAGGCUCAGCCGGGCAGCUGCAGCUGGAGCUGCUCACGAUGAGCAGACCAAGGACUGGAUCGAGCAGGUCCGCGAUGUCGCCUACGACAUCGAGGACUGUGUGGACGACUUCGCGCACCGCCUCAGCCGCCAGCCCCGUGGGGAGGGCCUCCUCGUCAACGUCAGCCGCGCGUGGUACGCCAUGACCACGCUCUGGGCGCGCCGGGACAUCGCCUCCAAGAACCGAGCACAGGAAGUUGGGGAGCGCCGCACGAGGUACGGCGUCCAGGACCCUAAAGAAAACUCCGAGUCCGUCUCUGGCAUCAAGCCAAGUGGACGGGCACACCCGUAUGCCACAGAUCACCUGCAACCUCCUGUGCCGCAGCUCGUGGGUACAACGGAGCCAGUGGGACAGGAGGAUGCCAUUGUGAAGCAUGGGCAGUGGCUGACAACAGAGUCGGAGGGUGGUGUGAGGGUUCUCGCCAUUGUUGGAUUUGGUGGGCUUGGCAAGACGACCAUGGCGCUGGCACUGCAGCGCAGAUUUGGGGAGAAGUUUGAUUCCCGGGCGUGGGUGCAGGCGUCGCAGAAGCUGAAUCUGCCAUCACUGCUGAGAGGCAUCCGGAAGCAGGUCAUGCCGCAGCAGGAUACCGAGGGUAAAGGCGGCCGUGGCACCUCAGAUGGACAUGCUGAUGGGAUCGAAGGAUUGAAUGAGAAACAGCUGAAGGAGAAGCUCAAAGAACAGCUGAACCAGAAGAAUUACUUUCUCUUUAUAGAUGAUGUAUGGUCUGUAUCGUCAUGGCAAAAUAUCUGGCAAUCUUUACCCAUAAGUCAAAAGGGAAGCAUAGUGGUGACUACAAGGUUCAAGUCUGUAGCAAAUGCCUGCUGCCGUCAACAAGAACAUAUCUACAUGCUCAAACCACUACCUCAUGUGGAAUCUACAAAAUUGUUCUUUGAAAGAAUUCAUGAUCCAAAGCAAGAAAACUUCAAAGAAACCAAGGAUGAAAUUAUAAUGAAAUGUGGAGGUCUACCUUUGGCAUUAGUUGUGGUGGCAGGGCUCUUAGCCAGAAGAGAUCUGACAGAAGAGAGCCAUUGGAGAACAGUGAAAGAGUCUCUAAAUUCAGAGCUGGAUAAGAAUCUUAGUCCUGAGGGCGUGACACAAAUUCUUAAUCUCUGCUACAAUGAUUUACCAGCUGAUCAGAAGAAUUGUUUGUUGUACUUGAGCAUAUUCCCGAAAGGUUGCAGCAUCAACAGGAAGCGAUUAAUUAGGCGAUGGAUAUCUGAAGGUUUCAUUGCUGAGAAGGAUGGGAAAACAGUUGAGGAAGUUGCUGAAGACAGUUUCAAUGAGCUCAUCAGUAGAAAUAUAGUCCGGCCAGUGGAACACAACACCAAUGGCAAGGUGAAGACUUGCCAAGUUCAUGAUAUGAUCCUUGAAUAUAUUGUGUCCAAGUCAAGUGAAGAGAAUUUUAUCACUGUGGUUGGAGGUCACUGGCUCACACCAACACCAAGCAACAAAGUCCGCCGGCUUUCCCUGCAUAACAUCAACCCUGAAGAUGUAAAAGAGAAAAUAGAGAACAUGAACUUGUCACAUGUCCGAUCACUAACUGUGUUUGAGAAUUUGCACCAUCUGCCUUCAUAUUCAUUCAAGUCUGUUAUACUGCAGGUGUUGGAUCUAGAAGGUUGCAAAAGCAUAAAUACCAAACAGCUGGACAAAAUUUUUAAGAUGUUUCAACUAAAGUACCUGAGUCUACGCUGUACAUACAUCAAGAAACUCCCACCAGGAAUUGGAAAACUCCAAUAUUUGGAGACACUGGAUAUUAGGGAUACAAAUGUGACAGAAUUGCCUUCAUCUGUUGGGCGGCUCCAAAAAAUGGUCCAUCUACUUGGCGGCAAUAAAUCAACACAUCUUGCCUUGAGAUUCACAGAAGAAAUUGCAAAGAUGACUGCGUUACAAACACUCUUAGGGAUUGAGAUUAGUAGGGGCUCAACUACAGACCUCGGAAGCAUGCACAAUCUCACCAAGUUGAAGAAGUUAAGCAUCUACAGUCUUGGAGAUCUUCAUACCAAUAACAACAAAUAUGACGAGUUACUACCUACCAUUGAGCACCUAACUGGAUACUCCCUCAAGUCUCUUGCAAUUGAUGAUGGCUUCACAGGUUUUCUUAAUUCAAUAGAUGAUUUGUCCAGUCCACCAAAAUACAUACUCUCUCUUGAUCUUUCUGGCAAAUUGCUUCGUGUGCCAAGAUGGAUGAAGGAGCUGGAGAUUCUUGAGAAGUUAACUUUAUCGUUGACUUCACUGCGGACAGAUGGUUUGAAGGUUCUUUCCCAGCUCUCAAAGUUGUUUUCUCUCACAUUCUCAAUCAAUGCAAAAGGACAGGAUAGUAGUGUUCUGGAGAUUCUACAGAAUAAUGCCAUGGAUUCAGGAGGCAAGAUCUUUGUUCCGGCUGAUGGAUUUGCCAGUCUUAAACUGCUACGAUUUUCAGCACCAGUGAUGCCUUUGCUGAGCUUCCUAGAAGGGGCAAUGCCAGAGCUUCAAAGACUGGAGCUUCAAUUCAGGCUAUCUGAAGGUGCGUAUGGUUUGGAAUACCUUAAAAGCCUCCAACAAGUCCAUCUUAGAGUCAGCCAGCAGGCUUCUGGAGCUACCAAGGUGAAAGUGUCUGACAUCAGAAGUUCAGUAAGGAUGCAUCAGAAGAAACCCACAAUGGUAGUUGAUGAGUACUAUGAGUGAUAAAUGCCGAAACAGCUCCCGUAACCUUAAUCCGUGCAAUCAGCUAUGUUGUGUGAUUAUAGUUUGAAUAAUUGCCCAUUCAUUUGGUUUCAAUGUAAAGUGUUGUUGAUGUGUGCCCUCAUUGGCGAACUUAUGUCAAACAGUGUACAAUGAGCGAAACUCAACACGAGUUUCAUCCUAGAAACAUUUAUCUGAAAACCAAUAAAUUAUUUCUGAUUAUUUC